AGAAUAGUAAUUUUGAUGAUUGCAAUUUAGCAAUAGUUCAUGGCAACAUGAACUGGAUUGAAAUUUCAAAAUUAUCAAAAUAAAGAUGCGAUCAUAAUUAAGAUGAUAAUGAAAUGAUCAGAAUAUGAAACAGAAGAGAGAGAGAGAGAGAGAGAGAGAGAGUCUCAGUUAGAUUACAAUAAUUACAGAAAAUUUUAUCCUUCGAUCAUUUGAUAAAAUGGAUAUUAGAUCCACAUGGGAAUGAAUGUGAGUCGGUGCAUAAGUUUUGUUUUUCUGGAUGAGUUUUCGGUCUUAGAACUCGAUGAAAACAGAUCGAUAUUUAAAGAGAGAAAAAUCAAUAAGAAUAUUUUCCUCUAUUCGAGGCAAGCGUGAACCUUCUCUGGUUCCUAAGAUGAACAUGAUAGAAUUAAUUACAAUCAAAUGGCCUGAUUUUUGCUGUGAUUAAUUGAAUAAACAAAUUCCAAUCAAAAUUAACCUCCAUGGCCACUGUACGUCCCAUACCAUCAACUCCUUCAUGUUCAUCACAAUCCUCACUCCCACCAUCUUAUGCGAUCUCAGUUCAUGAUCAUGUUUUACCAAUUGGAUGGCAAUGUAAAUAUGAUCCAAAGACCAAUAAAUAUUAUUUUUUCAAUGAUUAUGGUUCUGCUACUUGGGACUCUUGGAGAGGGGGACAACAAGGAUCAUGUCAAUCAUCAAGAUCAUCAUCACCAUCACAUACUUACACCAUUAGGAGUUACUAUCAGCCUUUCUCAGCUCGUUAUAAAGCAAAUGAUGCAACUGUCCAAAGAAUUGCUAAAUUGUUUCCUGAUGUUGAUGAAAAUUACAUCGCUCAAUUGUUAAGAAAGAAUGCUAAUCGUGAAUAUGUGGUCAGUAAUAUUCUAAGAACUGAAAAUUAUGCGAAAACAUAUCAAGCUCAACCUGAUGAAGCUCUUUAUUAUAAAUUGAAAGGCAAAUUUCCAGCAGUUGAUCAGAAUGUAAUUAAGCAAUUACUUUGCAAGUACAAUAAUAGUGAACAUGAUGUUAUUUCUGGAAUAAUCUCACACUUAGCUCCACAUGUUGGUCGAUAUCAAUCAUCGGGUUCACCUAAGAUGAAAUUGCGCUAUAUUAAGAUUCUUUAUCCGGAAGUUGACGAGAUCGUUUUGUUUGAUCUUCUUUACAAUUGUGAUCAUAAUGUGACAGAUGUAAUGGAAAAAAUUGAGAAAAUGGGCUAUAAGAAAAACCCACUUCCCCCAAGGCCAAAAAAUAUAAACGCUGAUCGAUCUCGUCCGAAGACACUGACCACUCGUGAACCUAAACAACCCGCUUUCCCACCAAAUAUAUUCGAGAAACAGCAAAUCUUUGAAAAGCUCCAAGCCGAUUUUCCAAAUGUUGACCGAUUCCUAAUAAACAUGGCAUUGGAAAGUUCAGCUUUCAAUGAGGAGCGAUCUCGUCUAUUCCUAAAUUCAAUGACACCACAAGAUUCCGAUAAAUAUUUGCCAAAAGAUUGGUCAACUGGUCAAUCUGAUGAAAUGACCCUUCAAACUAAAUCGACCCAAACUGGUGGUCUAAUUGAAUCGACAUUUGGAACACCAAUAACCAAAAGGAAAACUGAUCCAAUCAAAACACUUAAUGUGAUGACUUGUACAGCCGAAGAUGGAAUAAUUAUCGAGAAGAAGAAGGUACCGUUAGCCAAAGGAGUUGACGCAUCGAAUCAUAAAGGCACGAACAUUUAUAACUUGAUUAAAUCAUAUAUCCCUUGGCGUGGAGCAGAUUCCAGGAAUAAAUUAGGCCAAGAUCCAUCUAAUCGAAAAGGUCCUUCGAUAUCGAACAAAAGUAAUUCCGGUCAUAAGGCAAAAGGUCCAGAUUCAAUUAACCAAAAAGGUCCAUCACCAUCUCUCCGUCUCAAGAAACCAUUAGUAGUAGACAAGUGAUACUUUUUUACCAAUGUCAAUAAGAUAUCUUUUAACUGACUGACUUUAAAUAUCCAUAUACUACUGUAGUAGAUAAAUGUAAUUAUAAGCUUGAAGCAAAUUUGAUGAUGGAUAAAUGAAGGAAACUUCUUGAAUCUCUAUCUCUAUCUCAUCGAUAUGGUUGAAAAUUUAUUAGUUUUAGCCUUUAACAUGGCAGUGGCAAUAAUUUGAAUCUCCAAACUAAACUAUUUCCAAGCAAUGAAACAGCAAAUACGAAAAGAAUGCUGAGUAAAAUGAAUCAAAGUGGUUGGAGAUUACUUUUUGUAUCAUUUUCUAGUCAAUUAUUAACCCAUACCAAACUCUAAUAAGCACCCAAAAAGUAAUUCAAAUACUUUGGACAAGAGCAAAAAUCAUGAAACAAAUAAAAUGAUUGUAAUUAUU